AGGGGAAGGAAGAAAGGAGAGAGCUUUUGAAAGGCGCACCAUUUUGAAAAGAAUCAAAGACAAUUUGAAAGGAAGACCUUUUCAGAAUAAAUGGCUUACCUGAAGAGAAUGGAAGUUUGUGAAGAUAUGUCUAUGGAACUACAGUUUUGUAAUAUGCGAAAACGUCAGUGUAUGGGUGAUGUGGCAGAGCAUCCCAACAAUAAGCGACAAUGCACUGGAUUGGGAAGCCUUGCCAAUGGAGAUGGCCUCUUAUUCAACCAGUUUAAUGAAUGUGACAUGCUAUACUGGCAAAUGCAGAUUUCCACCGAACAAACAAAGUCUAUGCCUGGAUUAGUCCCGAAGCCUGAGAUACAGAUGGACUGUAUGGCUUUUGAAAAUCAGGAAAGUGGUGCUUCUACGCAGCCUUGCCAGAGAUGUAUUGCCGGGGAAUCUGGUCACAUCAACCAUAUCCUCGGGCUGUAGAGUGUCUAGAGCUGCGUAAUGUAUUUGGAGCUGUGUCCAGAAGAGAGAAUAUUGGUGAAAUUCAGCAUAAUUCCUGAUUUUACCACUGAAUGAAGAUUUCGCUAUGAGCUCACUACCUCCACCAUUUAUAUGUGUCACAAACUGUAUACCAUACACUUGGCCAAGAAAAACAUUCUCUCUGCGCAACCACUUAAACUGCUGGCAGUGGCGGUGGCAGAAUUUGAUCUCUUUUCUAUACAGGUUUUUUACAUUAGAAAAUAAAGCAAUUAACACACACUCCUUUUAAGCUAAUAAAAGGCUUUAUAAAUCUAAAAUGUUUAGGGUUUUGAUACCACUAUUUUUUCCCCAAAAGCUUUUAUGUGCAGGGCAUUAACACAACCUUCUAUGUAAAGGGAAAAUAAUAAUAUGGAUAACCAUUAUUUUUUCAAUAUUUUUAUAAAAGGGCUUUAAAGUUCAAUUGUUGAUUAUUGUACUAGUCCAAUAUUUCAUUUCAUUAACCCAAAUUUGGGUUUGUGGGGUUUUUUUUAAUAACAAUGCUAUGAAUUAAUAUUUUUGUAACUUUUAAAAAAUGGCAUUUAUUUUUAAAUUCUCCACUUUUGCUAAGUUUUUGACAAUUGCCUGAUUAGUAUAUAUAACUGUAACUGUGGAUGAUGGUUGUGAAUAUUUUUCAGGCAGUAUUUUUAUACCAUGGUUAAUAAAACAUUUUACAAAGAC